AUGUAUUCCCACCGUGGUAUGGGGGCUGUGCCCCCAAACAACGCUCGUCUCAACGAGCUUCUCGAGCAAGUUCGUGCCGAGUUUGAUACCCAAAUCCGCCAGAGCGAUGGCUUUGAGCAUCAGAUCUCUGCUCAGGUUAGCGAAAUGCAGCUUGUUCGCGAAAAGGUCUACAGCAUGGAGCAGACGCACAUGACUCUCAAGCAAAAAUACGAGGAAGAAAUCGCCAUGCUCCGUCAUCAACUCGAGGCCGCUCGCAAAGGCGCCCCUGCCCCUGGUAUGCCCGGUCCUCCCCAGCACGCCGGCCCUUCUCAACCACCCUCCAUCACUCCUGGCAACGGUCUCUUCAGCGGCAUCAUGGCUGGUGGUAACCAGCAAGGUCUAGCUCCUCCUCAGCAGCAUGGGCCUCCUCAGGAGCAGAUGGGCCCUCAGCAUCAGAUGGGUCAAGGCCCUCCUGGUCUCCCAGGCCCUCCUCAUCCCAACGCCCAGCAGCCUCCUUACCAGCAGGGCUACCCCCAGGGUCCUCCGGCCCCAAACGGCAUUGGCCCCCAGCCUCCUCAGGCUACCGCUUCUCCAGGUCCUAGAGGAGGUCGCGGUGUCGGCCGACCCCCGAACGCCGUUGGUCCUGCCACUCCGCAGAUCAACACCCCGGCGCCGUAUCCUGCUAAUGCUUCGCCGCAAGUCAGCCACCCUACGCCCGACCACCGCCUCGGCCCACGCCCUCCUCCCGUGGGAAACUCUCUUGGUGACCUCGAGGUUGAUUCUGUUGCUCCUCACAACAAGAAGACUGGCAAUGACUGGUACGCCAUCUUCAACCCCCAGGUUCAGCGCGUUCUUGACGUCGACCUGGUCCACUCUCUCACCCACGAGAGUGUGGUCUGCUGCGUGAGAUUCAGCCAUGACGGCAAGUACGUUGCCACCGGCUGCAACCGCUCUGCGCAGAUCUUUGACGUCCAGACGGGUGAGAAGAUCCUCACCCUGGAGGAUCACGGCGCCCAGGACAUGACUGCCGAUCUGUACAUCCGCAGUGUCUGCUUCAGUCCCGACGGUCGCUACCUAGCUACCGGCGCUGAGGACAAGCUGAUUCGCGUCUGGGACAUUCAGACGCGCACUAUCCGCAACCACUUCUCGGGCCACGAGCAGGAUAUUUACUCGCUCGACUUUGCCCGCGACGGCCGCACCAUCGCAUCGGGCUCCGGCGACCGAACCGUACGACUUUGGGAUAUCGAGUCUGGCACCAACACUCUGACCCUCACUAUUGAGGAUGGUGUCACGACUGUUGCCAUUUCUCCCGACACCCAAUAUGUCGCCGCUGGUUCGCUCGAUAAGAGCGUCCGCGUGUGGGACAUUCACUCGGGCUUCCUCGUGGAGCGUCUCGAGGGACCUGACGGACACAAGGAUUCGGUUUACUCGGUGGCCUUUUCGCCCAACGGCAAGGACCUCGUCUCUGGUUCCUUGGACCGAACCAUCAAGAUGUGGGAGCUUACCGGCCCUCGCGGCGGUCCCAACGCUCAGCCCAAGGGUGGCAAGUGCGUCAAGACGUUUGAGGGUCAUCGCGACUUUGUCCUCUCCGUUGCACUCACCCCCGAUGCCAACUGGGUGCUCUCCGGUUCCAAGGACCGCGGCGUGCAAUUCUGGGAUCCCCGCACCGGCACGACUCAGCUCAUGCUUCAGGGCCACAAGAACUCGGUCAUCUCUGUUGCGCCCAGUCCCCAGGGUGGCUACUUUGCCACUGCAAAUGUCUAUGCGAUUGUUGCCAAAUACUGGGACGCGCCGGAUAAAUCCGAGGACGAGACAAAAAGAGACCAAAGUCUCCUUGUGUCUUCUUUGAUGUACGUUGAACCAGGGUGCUUUGGCAGCAAUCUGGACGGCGAUUUGGUCUGA